AGAGUAAAUCAAUAAAUCUCUAUUAUUUGAAGCAUCCCGUUGACCCAGGAACCGUACAUUUUGGUCCUUCGAGCUAUCCGGGAAUAGCGGGUCUUUCGCGUUCAGUUGAUCGCGUUCGCGUUUUACUCCGUUUUCCUGAAGAUCGGCGCCGUGGAAAAACAUCCCACUGCUGGUUCGUUGGGUCAUCAAGCAAAUCAAAUACCAUCAUCCGCAUCAAUAGAAAAGAGGAGAGCAACGUUUUCAAGGAUCCAGACUAGUCCAAAUAUAUCGGCGUCCUUUCAACCUAGAACAAGGCGACGGACGUCAAUCUUCAACGGAGAGAGGUAAACUGCAGUAAGCCCUCUCCCAACUUUUUCAAGAAUCCAGACGGAUCAAUAUAUCGGCGUCCUUUCAACCGAGAACAAGGCGACGGACGUCAAGCGCAACAUAGAGAGGCAAGCGACAGCGGUCGGUACAGUAAGUCCUUUCCAAUUGUUUGAGCGCAUAAAAUUUGAUAAAUAUUAGAUUUAUAGCAUAAUAACUGCAAUCCCUUUCGAAUAGGGGCACGUUAUACAGCACUUUUAAACAACAUUUAUUGUUGACUGGGGCAUCUUAUUGGAUACAAUAAAUCAUUAUGGAUAAAUUAUACCAAGACCAACUAAGAGUAUGGGGGGAUAUUCAGAAAUUAACAAAUAACUACAAAAAGGACGGAGCAGAUAGAAAAAGAAAUCCCGACUACUUUCAAAGUCGACUGUUGCAUUUGGAGGAAUUAUGGAACAAAUUUCAAUGCAACCAUGACCGUAUGCUUAUAGAAUAUAGCCAGGAUCAUAAGUACUUUCAGGAAAUGGAAUAUGAACAAAGCCAGGGAUCAUACCACUCAAUAAAGGAAACAUUGAGUCAGGCCUACCAGGACAUUUUACUAAGAAUGGAAAAGCCUAAGGCCAGCACUAGCGUUAGCGAGUUCGAGGAGCAAGGAACGUCUGAAAGACAAGAAUCGGCCCAGCAACAACAAGGGUUUGGUAUUAAUACUAUCAAGCAGAAGGGGUAUUCCCAAAGGAUUAAGGAUCUGCUCUGCAAGCAGGAGGCAUUUUUUAGGUCCUCCGAUCACCGUUCAAUUGAAUGUGAUAUAGACGCCAUUACGGAAAAAUGGGAACUCGUGGCAGAAUUAGAGGAAAUGAGGUCGCGUUGGGACGCGAUUUAUAAUAAUCACAUAGAAAUAGACGCCGAGCUCGCGGGAACUUUCCCCGAAUAUCAAGAAAAAUAUUACGAACAGGGAGCCAUAUAUAGGCGCAAAAGGAAGGAGAUAAAUAACAAAUUGCACUCUAUCACUCCAAAUGAAAAAUUAACUCCCCGUAUAGAAAUACCUAUAUUUAACGGCAGUUUUGAAAAAUGGGUAUCAUUCCGGGACUUAUUUGAACAAGUUAUCCACAAAAAUUCAACCCUCUCUAACGCAGAAAAAAUGCAAUAUUUAAAAUCAAAAUUAAGAGAGGAACCAGAGAGGCUUAUAAAUCAAUUGCAAGUUAGCAACGAGAAUUAUGACGCAUGUUGGAAAAUUAUCACAAAUAGAUAUGACAACAAAAAACAUAUUUUAACAUCGUAUCUAAAUAGUUUUAUGCAGCUUCCAAAGAUUGAAAAGGACAACCUGGGGCAAAUUAAAAGACUUCACGAUGUCACUUUGGAAUGCUUGAAUGGGCUCAAAAAUUUGGGGAUUUGUGUAGAGCAUUGGGAUACCAUUAUAGUUCAUAUUCUGUCUCAAAAACUAGAUUACGACACCUAUCAAGCAUAUAUUGCAUCACUAAAGCAUCCAAAAGAGUUACCAGUGCUUAAAGAUUUAAUUGAUUUCCUGGAAAAAACAUUUACUGCCUUGGAAACAACAAGCAACAAACCUCAGCAGAGUCUUGUUACAAAACAUCAAUAUCGGUCUAAUAAUAAGCCGAUCAACAAUAAAUUCGUGUCAUCGCAAGUGAGUAAUCGAGGCCAUGACAAUAUUGUUAAAAACACGUACUGUAAAAUAUGCAAAACAGCUAAUCAUGUCACGUUUAAUUGUAAAUCUUUUAUAGCUAUGAAUCAUAGAGAAAGGCUUGAUACAGUUUUAGCAUUACAGAUAUGUACUAAUUGUUUAUGUGACCACGAGGUCAAGGAUUGUGUUUCACAAAUCAGAUGCAGAGUUUGUUAUCAGAAGCAUAAUACAAGGUUACAUAAUGCAUUAAAUAGUUCGAAUUCACCUAAUCGCCCGUCUACAAACAGGCUUCAAUAUCAAAAUAGUAAUUAUACGAGGGAGCAUUCAAAAAGGGUACAUACGGCAUCUAAGGAUUUUUCAGAAGUCCUCUUAGCUACCGCAAAAAUUAAAGUGUUAGGGGUUAAUGGAAAGCCUUACCUCAUGCGCGCACUUAUUGACCAGGGGUCUCAAAUAUCAAUAAUUAGCGAAAAGGCAGCACAGUUGUUGAAACUAAAGAGGGAAGGCUGCAAUGGUGUUAUCUCAGGAGUGGGGGAAAACACACAACGAAUCAAGGGUCAGGUUACACUGACCUGUACUUCUAUCCAUACUAACUAUACAUUAAAAACAAGAGUUUUUAUCAUGAAUAAUUUAGUACACAAAUUGCCAAAUAACUCCUUUAAUAUGCCGUCAUGGCCAUAUAUCAAAGACAUCGAAUUGGCAGAUCCCGAAUUUAACAGAAGUAGUCAAGUAGACAUAUUAUUUGGGGCCGAUGUCUACGCCCAAAUUAUGAUGAGUGGAAUAUUAAGAGGGGAAAAUCUUUCACAACCAAUAGCACAACAGACACGAUUUGGAUGGAUCUUAUGUGGAAAACUUAAGUCAUAUCAAUGCAACAUAAUACUAAAUAACACUGAAGAUUUACAGAAAUUUUGGGAAAUAGAAGACAUUGAAGAGUCCCCAUCCGUCGUGUCCUCUGAAGACCAAUAUUGUCUUGAGUUGUAUAAGAAAACAACACUGCGCCAAGCAAAUGGAAAGUACAAGGUUCGACUUCCGCUAAAAGAUAAUUUUAAGGAAAGUUUAGGUCUGUCCAAACCAAUGGCGGUAGCACAAUUUCACAGCCUGGAACGGAAAUUAGCGAAACAGCCAAAAACUGCAAGGCAAUAUAAGGAUUUUAUAAAUGAGUAUAAAGACUUAGGGCACAUGUCUUUCAUAGAAAACAAGGGUCCGGAGAUUGGGUAUUACUUACCUCAUCAUUGUGUUACCCGGGAACAUUCGGAAACUACAAAGCUGCGUGUUGUAUUCAAUGGAUCAGCAAAGACAUCAACGGGACUUAGUUUAAACGACGUAAUGUAUACAGGUCCCAACCUACAACAAGACUUACAAUCCCUUAUAUUAAAGUGGAGAAGAUUCCGAUAUGUAUACACCGCAGACGUGGAGAAAAUGUUUAGAAAUAUUGACAUUUUUGAGUGCGAUCGGAAAAUGCAAAGAAUUAUUUGGCGAAAUUCACAAGGUCGACCGUUACAGGAAUAUGAAUUGACAACCGUAACGUAUGGCACAAAAGCGGCGCCCUUUUUAGCCAUGAUGACUUUAAAACAGCUAGCUAUGGAUGAAAGACCUCGGUUUCCACGGGCAGCGGAAAUCACAGAGCAGGCAUUUUAUACAGAUGACUUAAUAUAUGGGGCCCAUUCUAUAGAAGAAGGAUGCAGCAUGGUAACGGAGUUACAGGAUUUGUUGCAGUCAGGGGGUUUUACUUUAAGAAAAUGGGCUUCCAAUGAACCAAGAAUACUGAAAGAGAUUUCGGAAAAAAUUAACCGAGAUCAAAACCAGCAAAUAUUUACGUUUAAAGGAGAUCUUAUUUCAAAAACAUUAGGGGUAUACUGGAACCCGAAAGAAGACUGCUUUAUGUUUCAAUCGUCAUUUGAUUUCUCGAAUAAGACGACCAAAAGAGCGCUUCUAUCAGAUAUAUCGAAGCUGUUUGACCCACUGGGUUGGUUAGCUCCUGCAAUUACAGCUAUGAAAAUAAUUUUUCAAGAAGUAUGGAAGCAAAACAUUAAGUGGGAUGAUCAAAUCCCUACUUCUAUUUUGAAAAAAUGGAAGCAAUUUAAAGAAGAAAUAGAACUAAGUAUUUCUAAAAUAAGGAUCCCGAGGUGGUUGCAAACUAGUCCGGACAGCACAUUAGAGCUACAUGGAUUUUGUGAUGCAUCAAAUAAAGCAUAUGCCGCAGUUAUUUACUGUCGAAUAAACAACAAGGUUUCAUUGGUGGCAGCCAAAACAAAAUUGGUACCCGUUAAAGGAAAAAUCUCUAUUCCGAGAGGUGAAUUAUGUGGAGCGGUUUUAUUAACAAAGCUGUUUAAUAAAGUUAAAGCAUGUUUAGGGUAUAAUAAAAUUAAAUGUUACGGUUGGACGGAUUCCAUGGUAACCUUGGGGUGGAUACAGGGACAGCCUGAGAAAUGGAAGCCAUUUGUAAGCAACAGAGUCAAGCAAAUUGUUCAAGAUAUGCCGUCAAACACGUGGCGCUAUGUUAAAUCAGAGGAAAACCCCGCAGACUGCGCCAGUCGUGGUAUUUCCGUCAAACAACUUGAAAUGCACUCUUUAUGGUGGAAUGGUCCAUCAUGGCUUCCUUUAUAUAGGAAUGACAAGGAAACUCAGUCAUAUUUUACGAAGGAAGAAGAAAAAAAUCAAUAUUUAGUUAAUAUAGUACAAGGUACAGAUAACACAGUAAAGGGAAUAAUACAAAACUGCAGUAGUUUCUCACGGGCAAUCAGGAUAGUUGCUUGGAUAUUACGGCUUUUACCAAGAAAUAAGGAUAAAAGGGAACGAUACCUUACAUUAGCUGAAGUCAAGGAAGCGAAACGGAAGAUAAUUCGCAACGUACAAGAAGACGACUUCUUCUAUGAGAUAGAAAAGUUGAGAAGAAAGGAGAGCAUUAAUAAAAGUACACUAAUUGCAUUGAAUCCAUAUCUUGGACAGGAUGGCCUUCUUCGUGUGGGGGGAAGGUUGCGAAAUGCCUUCAUUAGUAAAGACAUGCAACAUCCCAUUAUAAUUUCACAUACUGGUAGGCUGACUGACUUAAUAAUAGACCAAGCGCAUAAGCUUACCUUUCAUGGCGGCCCUCGCCUAACAUUAUCACUUAUCAGACAGAAGUACUGGAUUUUGGGCGGUAAUAGAGCAGUAAAGAGGCAAUUGAGAUUAUGUGUAACAUGUGUUAAAAACAACCCUCGGAUGCAAUAUCAAAUAAUGGGCGACUUGCCCGAAGCUCGGUGUAAUCCGGCGCGACCCUUUAAGCAUACUGGAGUUGACUUCACGGGAUAUAUCCUAAUAAAAAGUAGCAAAGGACGAGGAAUCAAGUGCACAAAAGGUUACAUAGCCGUAUUUAUAUGCAUGGCUACAAAGGCAGUGCAUUUAGAAGUAGUAUCUGAUUUAACCACCUCGGCCUUUCUAGCAGCAUUGAAAAGAAUGGCGGCCCGAAGAGGGACUCCGGAACAUAUUUAUAGUGAUAAUGGCACAAAUUUUAUUGGUGCCAAUCGUGUACUUGACUCCGGGUAUGACGAAUUAAAACGAGUAUUCGCAGAAGAACAAUUUGCCACCACAAUUACGGAUAUGGAAAUAAACUGGCAUUUCAAUGCACCUGCAUGGCCCUCUGCUGGCGGAUUAUGGGAAGCAGCUGUUAAAAGCUUAAAGGCUCAUACAAAGAAGAAGAUCCGGAGGAUAUUAAUUUUCUAACACCAGCUCAUUUCUUAACUGGGGGCCCUACACUUUCAUUAUUGCCCACCGAAAAUGACUUAAGAACGAGAUGGUACUUAGUGGAGAAAACUUUCCAAGACAUAUGGAAGAGGUGGCAAUCGGAAUACUUGCCUACAUUGACAUCUCGAAGUAAAUGGCAAAAACCACGAGAAAACUUAAAAUUACAAGACUUGGUCGCUAUUCACGACGCGAAUAUUCCUCCCGGAAAAUGGGCUAUGGGCAGAGUUGUAGAAUUACAUCCAGGCACUGAUAAUAUCGUCAGAGUAGUUUCGCUAAAGACAAAGAACGGAGUAAUCAAACGGCCAAUUGUCAAAUUAAGUCCCUUGCCAGUGCAGAACAGCAGUAAAGAAGCAGCCGAAAACGAAUCAAACAUAUCUGCAAAACCACGGCCCAUACUACGAAAGGGUCUCGGUAACGUUUUAGCGAUAAUGCUUUCGUUUAUAUUUUUUUUAACAUACGUAUCAGCUACGCAUCCGGAAAAUUAUAAUAUAAGUACAUUCAACAAUAAUAAGGGGUUAUACUUAGACAAAAUAAGUAAUAUGCAAUUAAUUCAGGAAAAAUGGAGAAUCGUUGUCUACUAUGACAUGAAACCCUAUUGGGAAGGUGAAAAGGCAUUCGAACAAUAUUAUAAAACUUUACAAGGCAUGUGUUCUGCCCUCGAUGAAAAAACACAUUGCGAAAUUACUAUGAAUCAAUUACGUCAUAGCUUCGAGGAACUCAAAUACUACGAUCAGGUGUUGCUUACGCAGCACCCGGGCACGCGCUCGAAGCGGCGUCGGCGCGGCCUUAUCAACGGUGUCGGAUACGCGGCACACUCCUUAUUCGGAGUAUUGGACGAAUCAUUCGCUGAACAAUAUCAAAAGGAUAUCUCUUUAGUUAAAGAGAAUGAGCAGCAUUUGGCAAACCUGUGGAAAAAUCAGACAUCAGUUCUGGAAGCGGAGUACAAUCUCAUGAAGCGGUCAGAGGAAGAAAAUUAUAAUUUACGAAAAUUAAUAAAUCGACACGCAAAUGAAGUUAAGAAGGCAAUUACUACUCAAGUCACUGAAAUCAAUAGACUAGAGCGCAUUACUCAGUUUACUCUUGACAGCAUUUCAGCAACAAACGUACUUGCUAAUUUAAGGAAUAUGCAGGAGUAUCUGAUUGACACCAUCACCGAUAUUUACCAUGGUCGAUUUAAUUUUCACCUUAUUUCGUCGGAACAAUUACGCAGGGAAUUAAAUAUAAUAUCCAAUCAUAUUUCAACAGAUCUUUCUUUGCCAAUUAAUAAUAGUCAAAAACAAUUUGGCAAUAUAUAUAAAUUUUUAAGAGUUAAGGCAAGGAUGCUUUAUGAGCAAUUAAUAUUGGAAAUCUCGGUUCCGCUUGUCAGCCGAGAUGAUUUUGAAAUCUAUAAUGUGAUUUCUGUUCCUUAUAAGAGUGACGCACUUACGAUGGUCAAAAUUGUCCCUAUUUCAGAUCUCGUCGCAAUAAACAAAGAAAAAAAUUCAUACAUACAGAUGUCAGAAAAUGAAUUGCUAUCAAGUUGUGAUUAUUAUUCCGAUAUUUAUUAUUGUAACCUACCUAAACUGUUUUAUAAUAUGAAACCAGAAGAUAGCUUAUGUAAGACAGGAAUGAAAAAGCAAUGUCAGGUUGAGAAAAUGCCAUGCGAUAACGAGUGGAUUGACCUGAAUAAAAAGAAUACAUAUUUAUACUUUUGUUGUGAUCGGUGUCCAUUACAUAUUAUGUGUGGCGAUCAAAUUUCUGCAGAACAAUUAAAUACGACUGGAUUAAUAAGCAUAGGUCAUGGUUGCAUGUUACGCAACAAGAAAGGUGUCAUUUAUGCUCAUAACGAGUAUCAGAAUGUGCUCAAGACUGGACCAAUGGUUUAUUCGCCUUAUAUGGAUUCAAUUAAUAAUAUGAUAAAUGUGUCCUUAUCCUCGGAUGUUAUUGAAAAUUCAAAAAACAACUACACAAUUAAUAGUCUUGAUAAAAUAGGCACGGAUCUGGAAGAUAUGCGAAAGGAGGCUCCCAUAAUUAGUAGUGUGACAUUUCACGACGUACAUCAGUAUAUUGCCUUAUACUCUAUUUUGGGCAUCUUCGUCGUGGUAGGAGCGAUUCUAUUGUUGCGGAGGUUUCGUCGAGCAGGUACGGUAGCACCUGUCCAGCAGAUACCAUCUGGCCAAGCAACAAUUCCAAUACAGAAAACAAUUGAUGGGCAGCAGGAGACGUCGAUAGCGGCAUUGGCAGCAGCAGUGGCAGCCAGUCUCGCAAUGGGCUCUACAGAACCCACCCGGGACCGGACUCCGAUAGGUCUUAGUGUUAGUGAUAGUGCCGUGGAUUGGUGUAGGAAGUGUUAGCAUAAGUUUAGAGACUUUAAGUACCUCCUAGAGACUAUUAAGCACGUAAUGGAUUCAUCUUGUAAAGCACUACAUAUUCAUCUUGCACUUUUUGCCUGGGGGAGUAUGUACGAGCCAAAGCUGUACAUUUUGCUCACUCAGGCUAUCUUAGAAUUAUAAGCGUGAUGAUCCCUAUGUACGUGCCAAGGUUCG